AUGCGGGACCCGCGGGGCGCCAAGCCGCCCCUGGACCCGGUACGCCUUGUGCUGCCCGUGCCUGUGCUUCCCGUGCCUGUGCUGCCCGUGCCUGUGCUGCCCGUGCCUGUGCUGCCCGUGCCUGUGCUGCCCGUGCCUGUUGCUGCCCGUGCCUGUGCUGCCCGUGCCUGUUGCUGCCCGUGCCUGUGCUGCCCGUGCCUGUGCUGCCCGUGCCUGUGCUGCCCGUGCCUGUGCUGCCCGUGCCUGUUGCUGCCCGUGCCUGUGCUGCCCGUGCCUGUGGUGCCCGUGCCUGUGCUGCCCGUGCCUGUUGCUGCCGUGCCUGUGCUGCCCGUGCCUGUGCUGCCCGUGCCUGUGCUGCCCGUGCCUGUGCUGCCUGUGCCUAUUGCUGCCCGUGCCUGUUGCUGCCCGUGCCUGUGCUGCCCGUGCCUGUGCUGCCCGUGCCUGUGCUGCCCGUGCCUGUGCUGCCCGUGCCUGUGCUGCCCGUGCCUGUUGCUGCCCGUGCCUGUGCUGCCCGUGCCUGUUGCUGCCCGUGCCUGUGCUGCCCGUGCCUGUGCUGCCCGUGUCUGUGCUGCCCGUGCCUGUGCUGCCCGUGCCUGUUGCUGCCCGUGCCUGUGCUGCCCGUGCCUGUGCUGCCCGUGCCUGUGCUGCCCGUGCCUGUGCUGCCCGUGCCUGUUGCUGCCCGUGCCUGUGCUGCUCGUGCCUGUGCUGCCCGUGCCUGUGCUGCCCGUGCCUGUUGCUGCCCGUGCCUGUGCUGCCCGUGCCUGUGCUGCCCGUGCCUGUGCUGCCCGUGCCUGUGCUGCCUGUGCCUGUUGCUGCCCGUGCCUGUGCUGCCCGUGCCUGUGCUGCCCGUGCCUGUUGCUGCCCGUGCCUGUGCUGCCCGUGCCUGUUGCUGCCCGUGCCUGUGCUGCCCGUGCCUGUGCUGCCCGUGCCUGUGCUGCCCGUGCCCGUGCUGCCCGUGCCUGUUGCUGCCCGUGCCUGUGCUGCCCGUGCCUGUGCUGCCCGUGCCUGUGCUGCCCGUGCCUGUGCUGCCUGUGCCUGUUGCUGCCCGUGCCUGUGCUGCCCGUGCCUGUGCUGCCCGUGCCUGUGCUGCCCGUGCCUGUUGCUGCCCGUGUCUCGUGCUCGCGCCCCCGUGCGCUCUGCUACUGUCUGCGCCCUCGUGCGCACUGUCCCCCCCCCCCCCCCCCCCCCCGUUUGCGGCUGACGGCGGAUACGUUCCGCGGCCACGUCAUGGACGACGCAUGGUGGAAGAACGCUACGUACCUGGUGGAGCUCUUGGCGAUUCCAUUCAAGGUGAUGCGGGCCACCGACAGCAGCGCGAAAGGCAUGAUGGGAACCAUCUACGACGUUAUGCUGCAGUUGACCGAGGACGUGAACGACAAGCUGGAAGCGGGGGAGAAGAUUCUGCCUCGGGCGGUUGCGGAUGACAUUGGGAAGAUUGUUAGGCGCCGUUGGGACGAGAGCCUUGCUUGCGCCUUUCACGUCGUGGGGCGAAUCCUGAACCCGGCAAAUCAGGAAGAGGGUAUAUUCCGCAACGACAUGGAAUGUACACGCAUCUUCAAGGCGUUCAUCGCACAUCACUACGACGGCAAGACGUUCACCAACAAGGACGGUGAGGAGAGGCGGGCCUCUCUUGUUUUGCAGGAGGGGCUCACGGCCUUCCUCACCCUUGAUGGAUCCUUCGGCCUCCCUGAGGCAAUUGCUGACAGGGAGGCCGUGAAGGCAGGCAAGCACUCGAUGGUGCAUUGGUGGGGAUGGCACGGGACUGACCACCCCCACCUGGCCAGCCUUGCGUGCCGUGCCCUGACACAGCCGGUGUCGGCCUCGCCUUGUGAGCGCGGGUGGGCAUCGUGGGAGUCGGUGCACACUGCCCGCCGCAACAAGCUAGGCUCGGAGAAGCUCCGAGACCUAGUUUAUGUGAUCCACAACUGGCACGUGGUCCACAAGUACCACAAGCGGGGUGAGUCACUGGCGGUGCUUCCGGGCAACACCCCUGAACCCGCUCUGCCGAAGGGAUACAACAAGGAGGAGGAAGGGGAGGAGAAGGAGGGGGAGGAGGAUGAUGCCGUGCUGACCGAUGAGUACGUGGAGUAA